AUGACAAGAGUUAAUCUCUUGAUGGAAUUUACAACAGUUACACUUAUUUUGGGAAUAUUGAUCACAUCGAUUGCCACUACUCCAUUAAACCACAAUGAAAAUCAUAAUGAUAAGAACGACAGAAAUUUAAAUUAUCAAUAUGAAUAUGCAGUUGAUGAUAGUAGUGGGCAAAUUCACGGAAAAGUUGAAACGAGAUCUGGUGAAUUGGCUAGCGGUCGAUACUUUAUAAACGACGACCAAUCAUCGACGGAUGUGAAAUAUUUUGCUGAUGAAUGGGGCUAUCAUCCCUGGGUGAAAUACCGCGCCUCAAGCGAACCGGGUACAGCAAACACACACUUAACUUUUGAUACCGAUGGAACACAAAUACCGGAUGAGGUCAAUAAAUCGACUGAACCAGUGCAAAAUUUUGCAACUCAAGCGAUAAUGCCAAUUAGUCAGAUUGAAAAUACGAGCAAAAAGUCACCGUCAGUCACAAAUUUACCAACAAAAACUGAAGCUGCUGAAUUUUCAGAUAUUCUAGAAUUUUCACAGAAGACAAUUAAUAACCAAAAUCAAUUACAAUCAGAAAUUAAAUCACCACCUAUCAAUGAUUCAAUUCAAUUUGUCGAAACAUUAACCAAUAAAAUCAGUUCUAGUGAUCAAAUAAAUGUAACUUCUCCUCCACCUUUAGAGGAGGAGCUUUUGAAUGAAAAUACUGGUAAUUUUGGUCAACGACUAAUUGAACGUUUCCAUGACACCAAUAUGAUACAGAAAUUUAAUAAUAAUUAUGAAGAUAGUGCAGAAUCUUCACAAUCACUUGUCUACGUUUCAGAAAAAGACGAUCCAAAAGUCCAUCAAAAAAUCUCAACGAAUAUAAAAGCUUCAAAUGACAAUUAUAAAAGUGCUCUUGCGAAUUUUCAAGCCAAUCUUGAAUCACUUCAAAAAUCUUCUGUAGAUUUGAAUGAAUCAGAUGAUAUUCAAGAACAGACUCGAGAGGUAUUGGAUUUUCCAAUGAUGAACAAUGAUAAAAAUAAUACUAUUCAAUCUGCUAUUGAACUUGAGGGAGAAUCUUUAGAAGCUAUAUCAACAGGAUCAAAUUUAGCUAAAUUUUCGAAACCUAUUGUUGUUGUUGAUAAUGUGAAUACAGAGAAAUUCGAAUACAGCACAACACUACCAUGUGAUGAUGAAGAUACUGAAUCAAUACCAUUACUUGAUGUAAACAAUCAAGACAUAUUAGGUGACAUGAUAUAUUCUAUACCCACAAUACCAGAAUCUGAAAAUCCAAAUCAUAUAGCAAUAUCUUCAGUGGUAUUGAAGCCUAUGCAAGCAGAAGUCGCUAUGAUUAAUUCAGAAAAAAGUCACCUUGAAGGAGACGAAAUGUCGUUAACAGAAGCUAUCAAUGAAAGUGGAUUUGACGACUCGACAGAUGGAAGUCAAGCAUUAAAGCAAAUCGGAGUUACGAAAAUGUCUGUAGAAGGAACUCACAAGGAAAUAAAUCCUGUAGUUGGUGGUGAUAAAUUGGAAAAAUUGACAAGUGUCAUGCCUACAUCUGUCACAGAUCAAGAAGUCGAAAUUCAAAAGUCACUAGAAGUAUAUCAUAGUGCACCCGUCCAUGAAAUACAUUAUCCAGCUCAAAUAACGUCUCAGGUAACUUCCAUCGAUCAGCAAGUUGAAAAAUAUCUGACUACACAGAAGCACACGAAUACAAAACAGGUACCAUUCAACAAUGAGAACGUAAAGUCACAAACACAAAUCGAUCUUGCUAGCAGUAACAGCAAUAAUUUUGAAUAUAUAUCGAUUGAGAGUCAGCCUUUAAUGCUUUUACAAGAGUAUCAAACUGUUCCCAAUAGUAACAAUCCUUCUUAUGUCUCAGCUGUAGAACAAAAAGUCAACGUUAACAAUCUUCCACCAGAGAAUUCCCAACGUCUCGUUCAAAAUUACGUAGCACACGAAGAUCCUCAACGUACCAAAGUACCUCAAGAGAAUCUAACUAAAGACGAGAAUUUCUUCUUCAAGUCACGAAUAAAUGGGCAGAUACCGUCACCCAUGUUUGAAAAGUUGUCUCACGCAUUUGUAACAGAUCCAUGGAAUAGAAUAAAUGACAAAUCAAUCAACCAAAAUGUUCAAGUCUCAACAGGUCAAGUGCAAUCGCAAACACAAUCAAAUAUCUCAAGAAUUCCUGGUGAGUUUACUAAUGUUGUUCAACGUCUUGAAACUGAUCAGUUAAACUACCAUGAUGAGAAUCAAUAUCAUCAACAAACGAACAUCAAUGAGUUUGAAAUUGGAUCGAAACUUAAUUAUCCUAAAUCACAUAUUAAUUUGACGCGCCAACAAAUUCCAAUUUAUACUGAUCAGCUAUAUGCGGAAAGUACGAAAAUUGUUGAUAAUACUAUUCCAUUACCUAUUUACUUUAUGGAUAAAUUGUCUGAAAAUCUAUUUAAACAACCAUCAAGUUUACAUUUGAUGCAUCCAGAAGAACAAGUGUCAGCUUUCCAAGCCUAUCCAGUUACAGUGAAAAAGAUAAUGGAGAAGAAAAUGCCUUCGUCUAUUCAAAAGUUUUCAUCUCAAUCUUAUCCUAUCCACAUACUUCAACAAUAUGUCAAAGAAAAGUUUAUUGAGAAACCUCUUCAAGUUCCAUCAGAAAAGAAAAUCCAAAUUCCAGUACCAUAUUCACUUGGUAAUCCACUAAAAAUUUCACAUUCUCCUGGACAGCUAAUCUACCCUGAAAAAUCAGCACAUCUACCAUACAGUGGAUCUCAAAUAAUGCAUCCAACAUAUGCUGUAUACAAACAACUUGAAAUAAAUUCUCUUGAUCAAAACAAUCAUGACAAUGAUACUUUUACUAUAACUAAAAGUAAUAGCUUUGAACAGCAUAAUAAACCAUAUUUGUACAGUGGUGAUUCAAUUAGUCCAUCAGUGUCUAUUCGAUCUGGAUCAAACAUUAAAUAUGGUUUAUUAAAUCAAAUUCCCAUUAAUAAACAAGCAGUUUUUAAUUAUCAUGUUUACCCAAAAAAAUCCCACAUAAACCAAAUGUCUCUUUCGACACAUCCUAAAAUGAUUGAUCAUCCAGCUUUAUUAUAUCAAUAUCACAUGAUGCAUCCAACCAAUGAAAAACAAAACCAUCAAAAUGUACAAAUUGUGAGAUCUGUAUCACUACUACCCCAAGUUUUAAAACAUUAUCAACAGAAUCAAGCUUUACAUCCGGUUCAUCAAGAACUCCUUCCCAACAUACCAUCUAUUUCUUCUUCAAGACGAGUAAGAAAGCCGGAAGCCCAUUUUCCCAGUCAGACGGGAAUUUUCAGGCAAUCAAAAAUGGAAUACGGAUUUAAACCACCAAUUGUACCUUCUAUUCAAUAUGAUGAAGAAACAGCCACCAAAGUGGAAAAUUAAUAUUUUAU